AGAUAGAGGGAGGGAGAGAGAGAUGGCGGCUAAUGCUGCGCGAAGGAGAAAGAUUUUGCAAAGAAAGCUUCAUAUGCUACGAACACCGCCCACCAUCUCCAAAUCUGAGAACAGCUCCAUCACCAUGGAUGCUUCUCUCGAUAUUUUCCAUCUGAAACUCCAACUAGAGGCCAUCAGAACACAAUACUUAAACCUUUUGAAACAUCUGCAUGUGCCUAAGGAAGAUGAGGUGAAAGUGGAGAAGAUGGGGAAUGGAUUUUCAGUCAAGGUUACCAGUGGCAAAGGAAGAGAUUUGCUGGUUCCAAUCUUGGAGGCCUUUGAAGAACUGGGACUGAAUGUUCUACAUGCUAAUGUUUCGUGCGAUUAUUCUUUUGUCAUGGAAGCUGUGGUCGAAGCUCAAAACCAGGCUUUGGAUGUGAGGGAGGUGACUACUGCUGUUCUUGAAGCCGUUGGAGACCCUUAA